AGAAGCCGGCCCUGUGGGUGUCAGGGAGUACGUGAGGCGUUUGCUGCCGCUUCCUGGUCCGGUGGCUUCGGCCCGGUAAACCAGGCAUGAAGAUCACGAGGCAGAAACAUGCCAAGAAGCAUCUUGGCUUCUUCCGCAACAAUUUUGGAGUCCGCGAACCAUACCAGAUCCUACUGGAUGGCACUUUCUGUCAGGCGGCUCUGCGGGGCCGCAUCCAGCUGCGGGAGCAGCUGCCCCGCUACCUCAUGGGGGAGACGCAGCUGUGUACCACUAGAUGUGUGUUAAAAGAGUUAGAAACAUUGGGGAAAGACUUAUAUGGGGCAAAACUGAUUGCACAAAAAUGCCAAGUUCGAAAUUGUCCCCAUUUCAAGAAUGCAGUGAGUGGCUCAGAAUGUCUGCUUUCAAUGGUUGAAGAGGGAAAUCCUCAUCAUUAUUUUGUGUCAACACAGGAUCAGAAUUUGUCUGUGAAAGUAAAGAAAAAGCCUGGAGUUCCUCUCAUGUUUAUUAUUCAGAACACUAUAGUCUUGGACAAACCUUCUCCUACAACAAUUGCCUUUGUUAAAGCGGUAGAGUCAGGACAGCUUGUCUCAGUGCAUGAGAAACAAAGUAUUAAGCAACUCAAAGAGGAGCAGGGUUUGGUGAAAAACCCUGAACAGAGAAGAAAAAAGCGCAAGAAAAUAAGUGGCCCCAAUCCUCUUAGCUGUUUGAAGAAAAAGAAAAAAGCACAGGACACAAAAUCACCUGCUUCUGGAAAGAAAAGAAAGAGAAAAAGAAUCCGGAACAGAUCUACCUCAAAAGUGCUUUCUGAGAAGCAGAAUGCAGAAGGAUAAUGAAUCCUUUGGAUACUUUUAAAGACACUCAAAUGUGGAAAGUGUAUUUAUUUUUAAAACUUUAGAAGUAUUUACAAUAAAAGACUAAACAUUUUUGUAAAUGAAUAUUGACCCAUAUGCCUUUGCCUAAAAUUAUUUGUAAAAUAAAGAGUGG